UCUCGCUCCCUCUCACUCUCUCUCGGCUCACACACACGCAGAGGUGCUGGGGCGAAAUCGGGAGCUUACCAGAGAAUUCCUUGGGAUUGUUGGGGGGGCAUCUCCCCUCCGCUGCUGUGUGUGGCGUGGCUCUUACCGGCUCCUCCUUGCUUCCCCGAGCCCAAGUCUGCGCCGCCAGCCUUCCUUGGGGCAGCGGCCACCGCUCAGCCCCGGCCGGGAGAUCCGAAAUGUGAGGAGGGGUCGCCGCCGCCUCCCGCCCCAGGCCGCAGGGUCGGCGCGAGGGAUGCCAUUCCGGCCGGGCUCUCGGGGGGCUGAGGGGCUUCGCCUGACAAACUGAGUUGGCCUCGCGCCGCCGGCGCCCGCCCGCCGCUUCGAAGGGACUCCCAAGUCUGCGCACCUCUGUCAGGCUUUUGCCUCCACCACCCCUUUCGCUCUGAUCACCGAUUUUUUUUUCCUAAGGGAGCGUGCGGUCUGGGGGUGUGUGCGUGUGUGUGAAAGACCCCUCUUGAAGAGCGGCGUGUGGGAAACUGCGGGAAAAUGUUGACUUAACCCCAAGAGCCGCCCGGCGCUGGCUGCUCGGCUGGAGGCGGUGGCGGCCGAGCAGGAGGACGCGCCGAGCCGCGGCGCCGUGUCCGGCCGGGGAGCUGCGGCGCUGCCUCCCGCGCGGACUCGGCGGCCAAGGACCCGCUCGCGGCCGGCCUCGGCCCUCUCCGGCCGGGGUCGCCGCUGCCCUCCGCGCCUGUCCCCGCGCUGCCCCCGCGCCAGACGGCCCUCCCUCGGGGCGCGCUCGCAGACGGAGAUAUGAAGAUCAAUGAUGCAGACUGAUGGUUUUGAUGAAGCUGGGCAUUUAUAACUAGAUUCAUUAAGGAAUACAAAGAAAAUAUUUAAAGGGAUCAAUAAUGGUGUCUUCUGGUUGCAGAAUGCGAAGUCUGUGGUUUAUCAUUGUAAUCAGCUUCUUACCGAAUAUAGAAGGUUUCAGCAGAGCAGCUUUACCAUUUGGGCUGGUGAGGCGAGAAUUAUCCUGUGAAGGUUAUUCUAUAGAUCUGCGAUGCCCGGGCAGUGAUGUCAUCAUGAUUGAGAGCGCUAACUAUGGUCGGACGGAUGACAAGAUUUGUGAUGCUGACCCAUUUCAGAUGGAGAAUACAGACUGCUACCUCCCCGAUGCCUUCAAAAUUAUGACUCAAAGGUGCAACAAUCGAACACAGUGUAUAGUAGUUACUGGGUCAGAUGUGUUUCCUGAUCCAUGUCCUGGAACAUACAAAUACCUUGAAGUCCAAUAUGAAUGUGUCCCUUACAUUUUUGUGUGUCCUGGGACCUUGAAAGCAAUUGUGGACUCACCAUGUAUAUAUGAAGCUGAACAAAAGGCAGGUGCUUGGUGCAAGGACCCUCUUCAGGCUGCAGAUAAAAUUUAUUUCAUGCCCUGGACUCCCUAUCGUACCGAUACUUUAAUAGAAUAUGCUUCUUUAGAAGAUUUCCAAAAUAGUCGCCAAACAACAACAUAUAAACUUCCAAAUCGAGUAGAUGGUACUGGAUUUGUGGUAUAUGAUGGUGCUGUCUUCUUUAACAAAGAAAGAACGAGGAAUAUUGUGAAAUUUGACUUGAGGACUAGAAUUAAGAGUGGCGAGGCCAUAAUUAACUAUGCCAACUACCAUGAUACCUCACCAUACAGAUGGGGAGGAAAGACUGAUAUCGACCUAGCAGUUGAUGAAAAUGGCUUAUGGGUCAUUUAUGCCACUGAACAGAACAAUGGAAUGAUAGUUAUUAGCCAGUUGAAUCCAUACACUCUUCGAUUUGAAGCAACGUGGGAGACUGUAUACGACAAACGUGCCGCAUCAAAUGCUUUUAUGAUAUGCGGAGUCCUCUAUGUGGUUAGGUCAGUUUAUCAAGACAAUGAAAGUGAAACAGGCAAGAACUCAAUUGAUUACAUUUAUAAUACCCGAUUAAACCGAGGAGAAUAUGUAGAUGUUCCCUUCCCCAACCAGUAUCAGUAUAUUGCUGCAGUGGAUUACAAUCCAAGAGAUAACCAACUUUACGUGUGGAACAAUAACUUCAUUUUACGAUAUUCUCUGGAGUUUGGUCCACCUGAUCCUGCCCAAGUGCCUACCACAGCUGUGACAAUAACUUCUUCAGCUGAGCUGUUCAAAACCACAAUAUCAACCACAAGCACUACUUCACAGAAAGGCCCCAUGAGCACAACUGUAGCUGGAUCACAGGAAGGAAGCAAAGGGACAAAACCACCUCCAGCAGUUUCUACAACCAAAAUUCCACCUAUAACAAAUAUUUUUCCCCUGCCAGAGAGAUUCUGUGAAGCAUUAGACUCCAAGGGGAUAAAGUGGCCUCAGACACAAAGGGGAAUGAUGGUUGAACGACCAUGCCCCAAGGGAACAAGAGGAACUGCCUCAUAUCUCUGCAUGAUUUCCACUGGAACAUGGAACCCUAAGGGCCCCGAUCUUAGCAACUGUACCUCACACUGGGUGAAUCAACUGGCUCAGAAGAUCAGAAGUGGGGAAAAUGCUGCUAGUCUUGCCAAUGAACUGGCUAAACAUACCAAAGGGCCAGUGUUUGCUGGGGAUGUAAGUUCUUCAGUGAGAUUGAUGGAGCAGUUGGUGGACAUCCUUGAUGCACAGCUGCAGGAACUGAAACCUAGUGAAAAAGAUUCAGCUGGACGGAGUUAUAACAAGCUCCAAAAACGAGAGAAGACAUGCAGGGCUUACCUUAAGGCAAUUGUUGACACAGUGGACAACCUUCUGAGACCUGAAGCUUUGGAAUCAUGGAAACAUAUGAAUUCUUCUGAACAAGCACAUACUGCAACAAUGUUACUCGAUACAUUGGAAGAAGGAGCUUUUGUCCUAGCUGACAAUCUUUUAGAACCAACAAGGGUCUCAAUGCCCACAGAAAAUAUUGUCCUGGAAGUUGCCGUACUCAGUACAGAAGGACAGAUCCAAGACUUUAAAUUUCCUCUGGGCAUCAAAGGAGCAGGCAGCUCAAUCCAACUGUCUGCAAAUACUGUCAAACAGAACAGCAGGAAUGGGCUUGCAAAGUUGGUGUUCAUCAUUUACCGGAGCCUGGGACAGUUCCUUAGUACAGAAAAUGCAACCAUUAAACUGGGUGCUGACUUUAUUGGUCGUAAUAGCACCAUUGCAGUGAAUUCUCACGUCAUUUCAGUUUCAAUCAAUAAAGAGUCCAGUCGAGUAUACCUGACUGAUCCUGUGCUUUUUACCCUGCCACACAUUGAUCCUGACAAUUAUUUCAAUGCAAACUGCUCCUUCUGGAACUACUCAGAGAGAACUAUGAUGGGAUAUUGGUCUACCCAGGGCUGCAAGCUGGUUGACACUAAUAAAACUCGAACAACGUGUGCAUGCAGCCACCUAACCAAUUUUGCAAUUCUCAUGGCCCACAGGGAAAUUGCAUAUAAAGAUGGCGUUCAUGAAUUACUUCUUACAGUCGUCACCUGGGUGGGAAUUGUCAUUUCCCUUGUUUGCCUGGCUAUCUGCAUCUUCACCUUCUGCUUUUUCCGUGGCCUGCAGAGUGACCGAAAUACUAUUCACAAGAACCUUUGUAUCAACCUUUUCAUUGCUGAAUUUAUUUUCCUAAUAGGCAUUGAUAAGACAAAAUAUGCGAUUGCAUGCCCAAUAUUUGCAGGACUUCUACACUUUUUCUUUUUGGCAGCUUUUGCUUGGAUGUGCCUAGAAGGUGUGCAGCUCUAUCUAAUGUUAGUUGAAGUUUUUGAAAGUGAAUAUUCAAGGAAAAAAUAUUACUAUGUUGCUGGUUACUUGUUUCCUGCCACAGUGGUUGGGGUUUCAGCUGCUAUUGACUAUAAGAGCUAUGGAACAGAAAAAGCUUGCUGGCUUCAUGUUGAUAACUACUUUAUAUGGAGCUUCAUUGGACCUGUUACCUUCAUUAUUCUGCUAAAUAUUAUCUUCUUGGUGAUCACAUUGUGCAAAAUGGUGAAGCAUUCAAACACUUUGAAACCAGAUUCUAGCAGGUUGGAAAACAUUAAGUCUUGGGUGCUUGGCGCUUUCGCUCUUCUCUGUCUUCUUGGCCUCACCUGGUCCUUUGGGUUGCUUUUUAUUAAUGAGGAGACUAUUGUGAUGGCAUAUCUCUUCACCAUAUUUAAUGCUUUCCAGGGAGUGUUCAUUUUCAUCUUUCACUGUGCUCUCCAAAAGAAAGUACGAAAAGAAUAUGGCAAGUGCUUCAGACACUCAUACUGCUGUGGAGGCCUCCCAACUGAGAGUCCCCACAGUUCAGUGAAGGCAUCAACCACCAGAACCAGUGCUCGCUAUUCCUCUGGCACACAGAGUCGUAUAAGAAGAAUGUGGAAUGAUACUGUGAGAAAACAAUCAGAAUCUUCUUUUAUCUCAGGUGACAUCAAUAGCACUUCAACACUUAAUCAAGGAAUGACUGGCAAUUACCUACUAACAAACCCUCUUCUUCGACCCCACGGCACUAACAACCCCUAUAACACAUUGCUCGCUGAAACAGUUGUAUGUAAUGCCCCUUCAGCUCCUGUAUUUAACUCACCAGGACAUUCACUGAACAAUGCCAGGGAUACAAGUGCCAUGGAUACUCUACCGCUAAAUGGUAAUUUUAACAACAGCUACUCGCUGCGCAAGAGUGGCUAUAAUGACAGCGUGCAAGUUGUGGACUGUGGACUAAGUCUGAAUGAUACUGCUUUUGAGAAAAUGAUCAUUUCAGAGUUAGUGCACAACAACUUACGGGGCAGCAGCAAGACUCACAACCUUGAGCUCACGCUACCAGUCAAACCUGUGAUUGGAGGUAGCAGCAGUGAAGAUGAUGCUAUUGUGGCAGAUGCUUCAUCUUUAAUGCACAGCGACAACCCAGGGCUGGAGCUCCAUCACAAAGAACUCGAGGCACCGCUUAUUCCUCAGCGGACUCACUCCCUUCUGUACCAACCCCAGAAGAAAGUGAAGUCCGAGGGAACGGACAGCUAUGUCUCCCAGCUGACAGCAGAGGCUGAAGAUCACCUACAGUCCCCCAACAGAGACUCUCUUUAUACAAGCAUGCCCAAUCUUAGAGACUCUCCCUAUCCGGAGAGCAGCCCUGACAUGGAAGAAGACCUCUCUCCCUCCAGGAGGAGUGAGAAUGAGGACAUUUACUAUAAAAGCAUGCCAAAUCUUGGAGCUGGCCAUCAGCUUCAGAUGUGCUACCAGAUCAGCAGGGGCAAUAGUGAUGGUUAUAUAAUCCCCAUUAACAAAGAAGGGUGUAUUCCAGAAGGAGAUGUUAGAGAAGGACAGAUGCAGCUGGUUACAAGUCUUUAAUCAUACAGCUAAGGAAUUCCAAGGGCCACAUGCAAGUAUUAAUAAAUAAAGACACCAUUGGCCUGACGCAGCUCCCUGAAACUCUGCUUGAAGAGAUGACUCUUGACCUGUGGUUCUCCAGUGUAAAAAAGAUGACUGAACCUUGCAGUUCUGUGAAUUUUUAUAAAACAUACAAAAACUUUGUAUAUACACAGAGUAUACUAAAGUGAAUUAUUUGUUACAAAGAAAAGAGAUGCCAACCAGGUAUUUUAAGAUUCUGCUGCUGUUUAGAGAAAUUGUGAAACAAGCAAAACAAAACUUUCCAGCCAUUUUACUGCAGCAGUCUGUGAACUAAAUUUGUAAAUAUGGCUGCACCAUUUUUGUAGGCCUGCAUUGUAUUAUAUACAAGACGUAGGCUUUAAAAUCCUGUGGGACAAAUUUACUGUACCUUACUAUUCCUGACAAGACUUGGAAAAGCAGGAGAGAUAUUCUGCAUCAGUUUGCAGUUCACUGCAAAUCUUUUACAUUAAGGCAAAGAUUGAAAACAUGCUUAACCACUAGCAAUCAAGCCACAGGCCUUAUUUCAUAUGUUUCCUCAACUGUACAAUGAACUAUUCUCAUGAAAAAUGGCUAAAGAAAUUAUAUUUUGUUCUAUUGCUAGGGUAAAAUAAAUACAUUUGUGUCCAACUGAAAUAUAAUUGUCAUUAAAAUAAUUUUAAAGAGUGAAGAAAAUAUUGUGAAAAGCUCUUGGUUGCACAUGUUAUGAAAUGUUUUUUCUUAUACUUUGUCAUGGUAAGUUCUACCCAUUUUCACUUCUUUUCCACUGUAUACAAUGUUCUGCUUUGACAAGUUAGUCUUUAUUACUUACAUUUAAAUUUCUUAUUGCCAAAAGAACGUGUUUUAUGGGGAGAAACAAACUCUUUGAAGCCAGUUAUGCCAUGCCUUGCACAAAAGUGGUGAAAUCUAGAAAAGAUUGUGUGUCACCCCUGUUUAUUCUUGAACAGAGGGCAAAGAGGGCACUGGGCACUUCUCACAAACUUUCUAGUGAACAAAAGGUGCCUAUUCUUUUUUUAAAAAAUAAAAUAAAACAUAAAUAUUACUCUUCCAUAUUCCUUCUUCCUAUAUUUAGUAAUUAAUUUAUUUUAUGAUAAAGUUCUAAUGAAAUGUAAAUUGUUUCAGCAAAAUUCUGCUUUUUUUCAUCCCUUUGUGUAAACCUGUUAAUAAUGAGCCCAUCACUAAUAUCCAGUGUAAAGUUUAACACGGUUUGACAGUAAAUAAAUGUGAAUUUUUUCAAGUA